ACCGCCGGCUCGACCAGAGCCAAGUGGCGGCGCCCGCGGCGGUGGGCGCGAGCGCGGCGAGCGUCUUCGCUGCCCGGUCAGCGCCGCCGUCGACGCGUGCAUGGAUGGAUGCGUACCCGUGCUGCUGGCGCUGUGGGCCUACGCCACGCUGUCCGAGGAAGCUGUGCCCCUGACCGAAGGCGAAGCCGAAGCCAAGAAGAAAGCGGACAGCGUCGAGGCGUUGACCACCAUCAAGUGCCUGUCGCGGAGGCCAGCCUCUGCCCUAGAGGAAGAGCAGAUAAACGACAGCCAAGAGCGUGUCAAGUCGCGCGACAAGGCUGGUGGACGAGACGACACCGCUGAAGCCCCUCAGCAGGGCAGCAACAACGUCAUGGAGGAACUAGUUUGGAGAGAGUGUGACCUGCAGCUGAGCGAUAGUUGCACCCAAUCUGCCAUGGAGCCUUGCCAAUCCCUACAGUCCUGCGAAGAGGCUUCAAUCCCUGCCCAUUUGACGCCUGAAGUCCCAGAGGUGGUCCCCAACAAGGCACGCACUGUGCCGAGCUACUCCGUGGUGGCCCGCGAGGGCGACGAGCUGCAGCUGUCGUGCGGCUCGGCGGGCGCCGACAGCUGGCUCGCGCCCGGCGGCGCAAGCUCGAGCCGAACGAAGACGGCGGCCGUGGGAGAACCCGGGGGGACACCGGCGACGUUUCGGCCAGUGGCCCCCGCCCUCGGGGGCCGGCUGCUGCGCUUCGGCCGCGUGCGGAGGCAGCACUCGCGUCGGUACACCUGCCGCUUCAAGUCAGCGCGCGGAUACCACGUCCUCGUAGACGUCCAGCUCGUCGUCCAGUAUGCCCCAUCAGUGGAACCUCUGGAAGUGCUGCGGGACAAGAAAGACUCCCGGUUGGUGUGCGUUGCGGGGGCGGAGCCUUCACCGGAGAUCGCGUGGCUGCGAGACGACCAGCCACUUUCCGAGGACAUCACACCCUCACUCAGGACGGAAAACGCGUCGCAAGGCUGUCUGCGAAUAUCCAACUUGCACCUUAAAGAAGCCCAGGAUGACGCCGAGGUUCCCCACAACUACACCUGCGUAGCAAGCAACACUUUAGGCACGUCCAGCCGCUCGCUCCUGCUCCGAAAUGGUGACAGCUCAGCCUCUUCCAACGCCAGCGUGGUCCGCGACCGGGACCCGUUGGACGGGGUUCCCGUGAAGCGAUUCAAGAUUACCGGCUUCGUGAUUGGCAUGCUGCCGCCACUGUUCAUCUCCUUCUACAUUAUCCUCAAACUUGGGUACCGAUCUCGGUACGCCGAGGAACGAGCCGAGGAAGCCGGCAUGAUGGAGGAGCCCUUCUUUAUCAGCUACUAGCCCGCCGACCUAGCCGAACGACGACAGGACACUGCCGCCGCAUUGAACUUAGCUGCAGUCGUCCGAGACGGACCGGUGCUUUCUCAUGAACGUUGGGCUGCUGAGCACGAGGUCGCGGGAUCGAAUCCCGGCCACGGAGGCCGCAUUUCAAUGGGCGCGAAAUGCGAAAACACCCAUGUGCUUAGAUUUAGGUGCAUGUUAAAGAACCCCAGAUGGUCGAAAUUUCCGGAGUCCUCCACUACGGCGUGCCUCAUAAUCAGAAAGUGGUUUUGGCACGUAAGACCCCAUAAUUUUUUUUCUUAUGAACUUUUUUCCUCUCUACUGUCUGGCGGAAUGAGCGUUAGGUACUUUUUGUGAUCGGGUCCUCAGCUCCUCUCAUGGGAUCCCGGGGAGGAAUCGGCUGGAACGCGGCGCAGCAACACUUAGACAAUUAAGAAAAAAAUUUCAUUGGAUGGUCUUGUGACAGCUUGUAGAUAUGCAAUCAGAUGUUCAAUAGUGCCAGACACGUUUACCCUUUGUACAUAAUACCAUUGCUGAAUAUAUGCUUGAAAUUUAUCGUGCGUAUAAAAUAACGGCAACCAAUAGAAAACUGCAAUGAAGAAACCAUAGCUUUGAAAUGUGAAUGUGCACCUACUGAAUACUAGGCGCGCUGUGCCUCUGUCCCCACAUGUGAGAGAGAAACAAAAUAAGAGCGGGUAUUGGUCUGUUUCUUUCUUUCUGAUUGGUCGUUGUUCGAUACCUAAGCGCGAGCGGAAACCGUUCAUAUUGAAUUAAACACACUCAAGAUAUCCCCAAGUUGUGCUACGUAUGUAGCAAUGCCUAUUCGCACGCGCGUUCUGGCACGUAAUAGGUAAAUAAUAUUCUCUUGGAAUGUCUGCGCAACAAUUCAUUCACUCCUGCAGUUACCGCUCUCUUGAGCUUUUCAUUUUCCACCUGAGCAUGUUGCAGUCUCCCCACUUUUAUUGGUGUACUUGGCUCUUUUCUGUGCAGUUUGUAAAAUGCUCAUGCUCUGCCCUCUGACGUAGGACGUUAAGAGCAUCUAGCCAUUACUGCUCACACAGGCUGUAAUCUUAGCGCAAACCGCAUAGCGCACAGGUAUUAAUAAUUAGCCAAAAAAGUUUUACAGAGAGAGAGAGUGAAGGGGAAAGGCAGGAAGGUUAACUAGAGGGGAAGAUCCGGUUUGCUACCCUACGCUGAAGUUUUACAGAAAUGCGCAAGGUGUACUUGGGUUCAUGAAAGGGGAAGGCAGCAUCUAUACGAAGGUUCCAAGGUGCUGCAAAAACCACUCAUCUGGGUUCUUUGAGAGUUUUGCAGGUGAACAUAAGUUAUUUCCGGUCUGGGGGAAGAACCUGGCACUACAGCCAUGUAGGAUUAUUCUACGCUGUAGUCUCGUAGCUACUUAGCUGCGAAGUUUUCUAUCUACCUAUCUUCGUCCAUUGUAGUUUUCAGCGUCGUGUUAUACUCAAGUCUACGCUUUUUUCCCUUUCUUAUUUUCUUAAUCCGGUGAACACACCGGUAUGAAGCGUGUGGUGGACGUACGACGCGUAGAUGGGACUCAUCUUUAUCUAUUUGGUUACGCUGAUUAUCGAGAAGAAGAGAUGUUGUUUUCGCACGUCGUGCGAGGCUUUACUACAGGCAGACGAGGAACGGUACCCUCUCUUCGGUGAGCAUGACGUAACACACACUGAAAGUCCAGUGGUAGAGUUCUUCUAGCCUUGCGUGGCGUCAAUCAAAUUAUCGAUCAAUGCAGUUGUAGUCCAGCUGAACGCUUCCUUAAGGACUGAUCAGUGACAAUGCACGCGCAUUCAUGAGGUCCACUUUGUGAGGGUCUGUUCCUUCCCUGCUGUCCGUAAUCAACUCCUAACAAAGUCCAGAAACAGCCGUCAUGGAUGCUUCGCUCCAUCGAGCCUUGUUUCGAAGGUAAGCGUAGAAAGAUUCGAACAUCGCGAUUCCCCUCCAGUUGAGUUGCACUUGUUCUCGUGGCAGUUGAGCCAUAUAGCGAGACUGGAGAAAUGACGCUCGCACUUCUCUUUUGGCUCUCAUGCCUGCCUGUAGUUGGAGAGACAUAUAUGAGCUGUGCCAGAACAUAGCGCAGAGUGUGCUUACAAGUGAAUUUUUGCCAGCAGCAGAGAAAGUUAUAAAAGGAACACAGUGGUUCAUGAUAGUCUCCCGCAUAUGCUCGCAAACAUACUCGUGAGUUGUAGGUGCCCGUCAUUCGCUUUGUUCAACUUCCAAAAUUCUGGGAAUUACUAGUGUGCCGAAGUUAUUUCGUUUAUCAAGAAUUUAAUUUUAUACUGUGGACUAAACUAGGUUGCCUUAGGAGCUCUUCUUGGUGUGACAGAGGUAUUGGAUAAUGAUCGCAAGACAUACCGAAGUUACCUUCAUUUUACUUUGCAUUGCGCCAACUUAUUUUGUGGAUCUCGACGGGUUCAUGGGGGUCUUUAACAAAUAGAUAGAUAAACGGUUUUAAUAACCUCUCGUUCAGGACAUCAAAGAAUGAUUACACCUGACGACAGGAAAUGAUUUUAGGAGCUAUCCAUUUCUCUGCUACCAGACCUCCAAAAUGUUGGUUGUGCUCUCCGAACGCGAUCACUUGACAACCAGUUUGCGUCGAUUUUAUCGCCUUCGCCUCUAUAACCAGUUUCAGAGAGCAUGUCCGGGAUCAACGCUGAGGUUCCCUGCUUAGCAUUGGCAAACUUCGUGCCACCGCCUGCAACUUAAAACAAGGGUAAUAGCUUACGACAUAUUCAGUCGAAAAGAUUGAGCCUUUCACAUACCCUAGCACUGUGUCACCUUGUCCUCACUAAACAUUUUGAUCGCAGGAACGAGGGUUAUGAGUUUGCGAGAGGAACUUGACGUCACAAAGAAUACCUGCACCUACCGCAGCAACGCAUGCUAAGGGAAAAGUGGGUAAGGUAGACUUGUAUAUAUCCCAUCACAACUCUGUAUAUGCAAUACCAUCCUCACUACUUCACAACUACGGGGACCACCCAUAAUACACUCAGGAACAAUAUUAGGAGGGACCUUUCAGCCUAUGUAUACAUUUGCCUUACCUAGAACGCAAGAUUAUGAAGCGUGCUGUUAAACGAGGUCUGACUUCUUUUCGAGUUUGUAAUCUUGCCCUAGAUUCCUGUUUAAGGCCUGUAUAUAGCUGAUUGUGCCGGGUCCACGCAGGAAAAUAUGUAUGCGCAGACUUUCUUUUAAUUGUGUGGUUGAGUUGAGUUGAGUGGUUGUAGGCUACUGGUGGGAUUAGCCUUUUAAUUGUGUAGGACACUGCUAGUCCUUUGUAUUGCAUAAAGAAAGUGUGCUGAUGCUGGCAAGCGUGUAGACAGGUCAGCUUGGGCUGGUUCAAACAAUGGUGCUUCGGCUGUACUUUACAGGGAACGAGAAAGAGUAUUGUACUAUCGUAGUCUAGCCCAUAGCUUAGAGUAGUAAAGCCUUGCUCACUCGAGUUUUUCGACGCCGCUCGCUACCUGCGCCAUACGUUAAACCACUAUACCGAUGAUACUAACAUACAAGUCCAUCUCCUGCAUAGUGCCAUAGUUCACCGCGUGGUUGCUUAUAGAUAUCGAAGUGCCCUCUUACGCUGCGCCACUAUUUUUCUAGAAAUUCAGAACCUCUUCUUUCCAUCCUGCGUAAUAACGGCGCACGUUUUACCGUUAGAGAGUACAUUGUGUCCAAAGCUUUCAUAUGUGAUAAAAAGCUUUCUUCGCAUUGAAUGAGUCUUGGUAGUUUGUAGCCUUUGGCACUAAAGCUCUUUUGACCACCAAGUACGCAGUACUUUCGGAGAUGCCAACCGUUUCAUUUGUAAUUCCGCUCUUUAUAACAUGUUCAUAGACUUAUUCCUAAGCACGUUUCAAGUGUCGUAGAUGUAGUAAAAAGGACUUUUAGCCAGCACGUCACAGUGGCGUGCGUGCUACGUAUUAACGUCCGCCUGAACAAGCUAUAAUUUUCCUCGCGAGCAAUGUUUACGUUUGAAGCAGCAGUUUCUAGAGAUACAGUGUUAUGUUUCAUGGAAGGUUCGCUAUGGGGCAUUUUCUUUUUCUUUUAGCCUUUUGUCCAUGUUGCCUUUUUAGACCUCUAGCACAGCACAUAGGCAGUAUUUCGUCGAACUACAACGCAAAGUUAGGGGGUGAGAAGAUCACCGCUGGAGAGCCCAUACGACGCUGUAGAAUGUAGGGAAAUGCAGCUCUGUUUGUGCAGUACCAAUCUCAAAGGGAACAGCUGAUGUUAGACAGGAUUUAGGCUAAUCUUAGUUAGGGAUAUGAACAGGAAUGUGCCGUGAAUAGUAUACUGUCGACUGUGCAACGCAUGACAACUACCUUUGGUAUACUAUUCAGAAUCGCCUGCAUGCGAGUCCUUAAAGACAGUUUCGGUAGAACUAUGGUAUUAUAGUAAAAAAGGCUUGGCAGUUACUUGGUCUUUUGGAGAAUGGCAGCGCGUUCAGGCUUGCAGGAUAUUAAUUUACGAAUGCUGGAAAACAGCUUGAGCUCCCUUUUGAGUUUUCCAUAAAUAUUAUCUAAAGGCUACAGCGCCAAGUUGGUUGGUGCUGAUCUGCUGUGCAAAGAGUUUCUAGAAUUACACGUUCCCACAGCACCUCUCACGGUUUUCUUGUCAUGCUCCAGAGAUGGGAUAAUGUUUCGAAACGCAGUAGACAAAAGUGGUGUGAUAACAAGAGCAUGCAAGGCUAAUGGUUUACUUAAGACGCAAUUACUUAAUGCGCAAUCAGAACAUGAGUUGCUUAUCAAAAAAAAAAAAAAAAAAUAAUACGAUAUCUUGAGUUGAAAAAUAGUUCACGUUGCCACGAGGAACGGCUAUUUUCGGCCACGCAAUGUUUCACUAAAAAAACAUUAGACCUUGUGCUUGUGGCGUAGGCGACGUUUCUUGUAAAACGCGUCGUUGAGACGAAUUUCAGUCUUGCAACAAAGCAUGUAAUGACCGAUUGCUUUUUUGGAACAUUUGUAUUUUUGUAAUCGUUGCCACAACAUUAAAGAAUGAGUGAAUUUUGUCUUGUUUUUUUUUACUACACUUUUUGGUCUGCUUCGUUCUUGCGCUGCUGUAUGCUCCGUUCGGACAGUUCUUCGGGUGCCAUUUGAACAUUUAGCCUAUUCUGAUGUGGCUGUGGGCAACUGAGCAGAAAAUUGGUCUUUGAGGUAUACAAAACCUAAGACCAGAUUCACCAGGCCAUUCGGACACAAUACUGGUUAGUAGGAGCUCGUAUUCUUCAAUCAUCAGAGCAGACGAGAUAUCAAAAUUUCUUGUGCAAGGACAGAGAGGUCUUACGAAUCAAAACAUCCUUGCGAAUCUGGCCCUUGGUUGCUUUAAUCAUAAUGAUUAUUCCUUCUUGUUAGCACUAGUCAAGAUGACACGUGAAGCAGAGGUCUGAAUAAGUUGACCAAUGUGUUUCUGGUUGAGCUGCUGAAGCGACAUCUUUUGAAGUGAACUGAACCGUGCAGUGUGCAUGUAUAACUUAGCGAGUGAGUUAUACAACGCUAACAAUUUGUGAUCGUUUAUGCCGUGACCACACCUUUCUUCACUAAGCACAUAUAUUGUGCACGUGGCUAGAUUAAACUGUGUUUUGUCCGUUUUAUUGUGUAACAGUGCACUGCAUUUUACUGCUUGUUGCCUCCUGCCUUUCCUCAAGUUUGAGGUGCUGUACCUACCUGCGGUCUUUUGACCCACUCACCAGAGGCAAUGUAUAUGUCGAAGAAUAAACGACACAAAAAAUGA